CGAAUAACGGCGUGGAGCCGGUCUCCACCACAGGAAGUGGGGGCGCGUUCCCUUCAGGGGGCUCACGCGGUGUCGAAGACGGUACACCGGGGGGGGGCGCUUUGGGGCGGGGCUUGCUGUGAUCGACAGGGACAACAACAUGGUUACGUGCAUUGUCCCCCCCCUACGUCAAUCUAUGCUUCUAUUCAGGCAUUUUGUUGGAAGCUACACACAAAGAAUGAUGAAACAGAGGAGUUGUUGUAUUGAUUGUGUGGAUCUGGAUCACCUGUGUGUGUGUGUGUGUGUGUGUGUGUGUGUGUGUGUGUGCAGGUCUGAGUGGGUCCACAGAGCUUUUCUUCCUGUGUGACUCAGGCGCGAUGGAGGCGUUCUUAUCGCUGCUUGUUUGAACCGGCGCUGAUCUCAGAGCUGUUCUAUCUCGACGGUUCUGGUUCUGUUCACUUCGGACGACACACGUUUGCUCGUAAACGCAAACUUUAUAUUUACACAAAAUGUCAAAUUGACCCAAUAAUAAGCCAGUAUAUAAUAGAAAGGGUCAAUUUUGCACCAAUCAUCUUAUUGAAAAAUGAAAAGAUACAUUAGUCCAAACAACACACUAAUUUAAUGAUGAUAGAGAGAUUCUGUUGGAUCAACUUAUCCUUAUCAGGAGAAUAAAAAUGAGUCAUGAGUCAUCGGAUGCAGGUUUUGACCUUUGACCUGUGAUCUGGUCGGGUUCAAUCGGAAAAUGUUUGUCCUCAAGGAGCACCUUCUGGAUUCAGAGUUCAUCACAAGCUAAAAUGUGCUCCACAUACACAAUGAGACAACAAUCUUAAAUUCCCAAAUGUCCCCAGUGAGAUACUAUUUCAUUUAUAUCAUUUCUGUCUAAUUGUUGAUUAAGUAACAUUUUAUUUCCAUUGGAGGGUUUGCGUGCUGGAUUUAUCUCACACGCCAUCUUAUCAGCGCGUAUUUCAUCAGGUUCUGACAUUGGUCCAAUGACAUCACCACACCUGUGCGGGUGGAGGUGGGCGUUGAACUACAUGCUGAACUUUUGACCUUCUCUUUAUGAGCCUGAAAGCACGGAGACACCUUACACACACACACACACACACACACACACACACUCCUGAUAAAAGCAGUCCUCCCACCAACGUUCAACCUACAUUUUCUAACCUGCAAAGACCUCAGGAGGAUGUUGUGUGUGUGUGUGUGUGUGUGUGUGUUGUGAUAUUAUAUAACACACACACAGAGCUACACAACACUGGAGCCCUCCAGACAAAUGGACAGAAGACAUAAUUGGUCCCAACGUGCACCGAGAGGAACGUCUCUGACAAUCCGCCGGAUCAACUCCUUCUGCCCGGAUCCCGUGAGUCACUCAGAAGGAUGGAAAUGGCGGACAGAGCAAAGCGAGGACCAAAGUCGCGGUGAACCUUGAGUGAUUCUCCGGGCCGGUGGAGAUGCGCCGAGAGGAACAAACCGCCACGUUUUACACAAUCAUUCAUUUUGUAAGUGAAGGUGCCACUGUUUGCAAAUGGAGGAUCUCUCAUUCUGGAACCAAACUCCAGCGUGUAGUCCCUCCUGUGUGUGUGUGUGUGUGUGUGUGUGUGUGUUGUCACUGCACGCUGCCGGCAAAUGCAGUGAUGACUCAUGCUACACACACACACACACACACACACACACACAAACGCCAUCUGUUUGACAGGCAGGCUGAAUCACACAGCCGAGGGAAGCGGUGUGUGUGUGCGUGCGCGUCUGUGUGUGUGUGUGUGUGUGUGUGUGAGGCCUGAUGUGGCGUUGGCGGCGCGCGGCAGCACAGCUCGGCAGCCUGUCGUCAGCGGAGAUCGGCGUGACACUGUGACCGUGGAAACAGGAUGUACGAGAGAUGUCUGAGCAUCAAAGUGACAGCUACAUUGUGCGCGUCAAAGCGGUGGUGAUGACCAGGGACGAUUCGAGCGGCGGCUGGUUGGCGCAGGACGGCUGCCUGAGCCGAGUGGGCGUCUGCAGGCUGCGGCCCAGCGAACUGCUGGGACGCAACGUCUUCCUCAUCCACGGGGAGCGGCUCAAAGACAAGCAGGUGAUCCUGGAGUGUUUCUUGAAGAAGGAUCUGGUCUACACGAAGGCCACGCCCACGUUCCACCACUGGAAGGUGGACAACAGGAGGUGCGGCCUGACCUUCCAGAGCCCGGCCGACGCCAGAGCCUUCGACCGCGGCGUGAGGAAGGCCUUGGAGGACCUGACCGAAGGCUCGACCACGUCGUCGUCGACGCUGCAGAACGAGGCGGAGCUCGGCGAUGACGACGUCUUCACGACGGCCACCGACAGCUCGUCCAACUCGUCCCAGAAGAGAGAGCCGGCGAUGCGCGCGCUGCCCCCCCCCCACACCUUCUGCGAGGCCCGCCGGCACCACUGCAUCCUGGGACAUUUUUACGAGCACCACCGGCCCUCCGAACACUACUUCCUGGACCAGGCGGUGCACACGUUCCCUCGCCACGUCAGCUUCCAGGUGGAGGACGAAGAGAUCGUGCGCAUCAACCCGCGCGAGCGCACCUGGCUCACGGGCUACGAGGACUACCGGCACGCCAACUCCCCGCGCGGCAAGCCGCCGGACCGCCCCGGCGCCCUCGACGCCCUCGACGCCUACGUGCACUUCGCCAAGGGCGCCCCGCCCAAACACGGCUGCGCCUACCCGUACCCGCUGAGCUGCGGCGUGCAGCGGGGCGGCAAACCCGGCCGCCCGGAGUACGCCGGUGGCGGCUGCGGCGGCCGCAGGGCGGCGGUGACGGCGCAGCCGCGGGCCGCGGCGCCGCCCAAAGGCAAGAGGCGGAAGGAGGAUGGCGAGCGCUCGCGCUGCGUCUACUGCCAGGACAUGUUCAACCACGAGGACAACGGGCGGGGCCGCUGCCAGGAGGCGCCCGACCCCGUGCAGACCUGCAUCCGCCGCGUCAGCUUCAUGUGGUGCGCCGACAGCCUGCUGUACCACUGCAUGUCGGACACGGAGGGCGACUACUCGGACCCGUGCUCCUGCGACGCCGCCGACGAGCGCUUCUGCCUGCGCUGGUCGGCGCUGGUGGGCCUGUCGCUGCUGGCGCCCUGCAUGUGCUGCUACGCCCCCCUCAGGGCGUGCUACCGCUGCGGCGUGGCCUGCCGCUGCUGCGGCGGGAAGCACAAAGCGGCGGGCUGAGCAGGAGGCCCCGCCCCCUUCCUCCCGGGUCCGGUGGGACGAGGGGAGGAGGAGAUCCAAUCCUCGCUCAGACUGAUCAGAGAUUCUUUAUUUAAUAUAUGAAAUACUAUAGAUAUAAUGUAUAUAUAUAUAUACUAUAUAUAUAUAAAUAUAUAUAGGUAUAUGGGUACAUUCUAUUUUUACACUCGUUGUUCUGUUUCUUCGUGGUCAGGAUGUCGUAGGGUUCAGGAGUGGAAUAGAACAUUAACAACGCGUGUCUUCGUCGUAUUUCCGCUGGCAUCAGAACCAGCGCUGUGUGUCGUUUCUACGGCAGCCCGGAAGGGUCAAAACCGGGCUGCGGCUCCGCCGAUGGCCUUUUUCCCGCCACUCGACCCUCCGCGUGGUCACCGGAGCACGAGGAGACGCCACAAUUUAGGAACAUUUUGAAACUGUCUUUUUCUUCUGUCUUCAAGCUCAAUCACAUUCUCGGCAACGUGUCCCUCUGACAAUCAGUGAUCAAUAACCUACUUUUGCAGCUAUGAAAAGUGACAACAACUAAAAAUCGGCUCCGUUUGACCUCGUUGAAUCAAGGCCUGUUGAGUGCUGGUCAUACUGGUCUGUCUUCACUGGUUUGUGGUCCGGAGGUUUGUUUUAUUGGAACAGAGAACACAGAACACUGUGUGUGUGUGUGUGUGUGUGUGUGUGUGUGUGUGUGUGUGAUUCUUUCACUGUGUUCAAUCAACACCAGAACAAUCAAACUUUUUUUUUGAGCCAAAUUCAAAAUGGUUUUGAUUCUUCUCUACAAAAGUCUGACAAUACCAACGACAAAAAUAACAGUCAUUCUAAACCUGUCGAUUAGAUAAAAGUAUCAUUCAAUGAAUAUCAAUUAAGCAACAAAAGAAUAAAGCAACUGAUGCUCCAUUUAUUGUGAAAACAAACAUA